CGCUGGUGGAGAUUUCGCACUUUGUUACAGGACAUGUUGUACAGCUUGUGCACCAGUGGAGCCGCUAUCGCGGUUCGAGAUGCAUCGUUUUUAGUGUUGUCCUUUUCGAAAUCAUGAUAUCACGUUUCGACCUAUUUUUUGUUUACAGACAUUAAUGUAAAUCGCGUGUAAAUAUGUGGAAAAUAAUAAUUAUUGACUUUAUCAGACGUGACCAGGUUAUCUGAAAGGUAAAUUAACUAGUGCAAGGUGUGACCGCGCGUGAUUUCGAGGUAGAGGAUAGCUUCUUUCUACUCGACUGCCUUCCAUAGCUACUACUGGUUGCCACGAGAUCGUUUCGUGUAGAUGCGUCUUUUUUCUUUCAAGCAGAUCGUCAAGGCUUCCCCAGUGACUUACAGUGAUUUAAGAAUCAGGUUAAAGGAUUACUGAUCCUCCCAUUGUCUUCGCUGUGAAAGUGUUCGACGCACCUCCGAAUGUGAUCUGUUGUUUCAAAACUGUGUAUACGUGCGUUUGAAACGCGUGACACGGAGGAGAAACAAAAUCGAAUAUCGCGAUUUCUUAUUUAAUGAAAAGGAACAAGAAUCAUCGUUCUAUCGCUUUCUCUCUGAACACUUACCAUGAAAAAGCUCUUUUAACAUUAUCUUGUCGAAUAAUCUUACUCGAGAAACCUUAUUUCGUGACAAAUAUCUGAAGAAGAAUGGAACAACAGGUGUCUAUACAUUCUAUAUAAGUUGGGUGGUAACGUGAAUGGACUGUAAUACUCAUUUCUAUCGUCGAUGGAUUACGAAACUCAGACAAUUGAAAAAAAGGAAGGUAUCAUUGACACGAAUUCAUUUUCUCUUUCUAUAUCUGUGACAUCCACAGUGUAGGGAAAAAGGAGAGCAGAAGCAAAAAGAAUCUUAAUCAAAGCCGCGCGUUCAAGUCGAAACACGUUCGAGGGAAAUAAAAGACGACAUCUAGGGGGAAGAAGAUCGAAACACGUUAGAGGAGGACAAAAGCACGCGAUCGUGGUUUUUUAGAUACUGUCAGCGAGCGUUGCAAGCGGUGGGAAAAAGUAUAGCACGAAUGGGGAACGAGAGGCAGGCGAGGACACGAAUAGUUGAAGUUGAAAGCCAGAGGACAGGAGAAAUGUCUGUAAGGCAAAAAUAAAGGUAGAAUUAUAAAGAACACGUUUAAACCUGUACUAGCGGGUAGCAUUACUAGGUGGUAGGGUGAGAGGGGGUGGUGGGGAAAAAUUGGUGAAUCAGUGGUGGGGUUAGAUUGAAGAGUAUGAAACAGAACUCUGAAAGAGUAUGAAAGACAUAAAGGAAAAACGAUAAAUGGAGGAUGAAAGAGGAAACGAGUAUACGUAGAAUGAACGGAAAGAGAGAUACGUAGUACGUAAAAGAGUACUCGAUCGAAACAGAGGAAAGAGAAAGGUGUGCAGUGAAAAAGGCACGUAUAGGUGUAUUAUAUACACAUGUGGUGGUAAGCGAGAGGCGGGAACGUGGAUGGAAAAAAAAGGAAGAAGAGGAGGAACAGAAAGAAAAGAAGCGUGAACUGUGAAGUUUUGGAUGAAGUGUAUGGGAUAGUAAGGGAGGUUGAAGAAGAAAGAAGGAAGGUGCGUUACAUCCUGGAGUCCGAUGUUCAGAGUCGUACGAUGGCCGGGGCUCUGUCCGAGAAUGCCCCAAGGCCUGUCAGUGUCGUCGCGGUAGGCGGUGCAACCGUUGACAAUGCAAGGAGUAACCAGCUUAGCAGACCGCAGGAAUCGCGAGACAAUGCGCGGUCUUUCACUUCGACGGAGGCACAAACGGAGCUGCCGCUGCAAAAUGGUCCAGAGGCGUUGGAGGAUCUCGACGGCGUUCGCGGUGCUCGUCGAAGAGAGAGGCGAUUGCGAAGGCAACAUCGUCGAGCCUUGAGAUCAUGCUCGAUGCCACCAUCUUAUCCUGGGACAUCGACGGGAUGUCAGGCUUCCUCUACAGCGCCGGGUGUACCUUUGGUCACUCCUACCAGGGGAUUUCUACAUCUUCCACCGCCUCAUUUGGGCCUUAGGGGUCUUAGUCUUGGACUACCGUUUCCGGUCUCUACCAGCGUCUCUGCUUUUGGACGGGAUGCAGUACCGAAGCAGUGUUGUGGCCUCGGUUCCCCUCCUGUGCGUUGGUCCAUACUGGGUGUCGGAGUAGUUGGCCUGGUGUGCGCGGGUGCUGGUGCUCUGCUGGGGGCCCUCAGGGCUUCUGGUCGCGAUCACAUCGCCGUCGCGCUGCUUAUGAUCGGUAUAGGAGUGGUUCUGGUAACUGUGAGCGCUGUAGCGUGGCGAGUGACCAGUCGAGAAAAUUGUGGCAGUUUCUUUGGUUUCACGGGGAUCUCGAGCAGGAUCCCGCCGGCGAGGCCAAUUCAUCCGUACGCUGCCAUGAUUUAUCCGGAAUUCCAAUUUAGAACGCCACCUCCGAGUUAUCAGGCGAGUAUGCAAGAGUACAGGCUUCGACUGCUCCUUCUGGAUCGGUUGCAGCCAACGUCCUCACCUCCGCCGACCUACAGAUCCAACGCUGGAAGCAUUGUGACUCCCGGCACGACUAGAGAAAGCAGACCGCCGAGCUAUUGCACUAGAUCGAACAUUGCAUCGAACACGAAUGUCACGCCAUCGAAGAAGGAUGCGAAUCUGGUUAGGAUCGUUCAGACAGAAUCAGAACCAGUCAUUUUGAGCGGUGAUCAAACACCUCCAGUAGCAGCUGUCGAAGUUCUUGCGCAUCUUUGAUUCAUUCCCAUCCUUUUCCUGUAAUUACGCUAUUUAUCGUUACUGUCGGGAUGAUAUUGUUGCAAUUAGUCUAAACAAUGGCGUUAUAUCGGACGAUUUAAUAAAAGGAAUAAUGUCUGUCGUGCAAUACAACUAUUAGAUUGUUCCAUAAGCAAUGAACAUUUUGGAAGAUAAUUUUUAAUAUCAAUUAUCGUGAUUGCAACCUUCUUUCCUAACCAUUAGCUUCUAAAAGUCUUUUACAUUCUAACAGAACAUAAACCUUCUCUUUUAUGAAAUCUAAAUGUAAUGAAUAUUUUGGAACAUGAUUUUUAAUGUUCUAUUACGAUACGAGUCUUCCCUUUCAUGGCCAAAAUGUUUUAAGAAUAUUUUACUAUUCAGGAAAUUUGAAGCAAGUAGCGCAUAUAAAUGAAUAUCAGCUGUUCUCCUAAAAAUUAAUGUAGCGACAAUACAACUUAUGGAAUGAUCUGACACAUCACUUGUGUUCAUCUUCUCUGAAUACUAUUAUCGCACAAAUAAUUCGAGUUAUUUUAAAUAAUGGUAGAUAUCUGUGAAUAUUAAAGAAGUGUUAGAUGGUGUAGAGUUGCCAAUGGAGGAGCAAUGGACUUUCUCUGAGAAUGAGGUUUGCUUAAAUAUGUAACGAAACGGUAAAUAGAAGCGCUUUUGCGUUGCGCGGCUGCUGAAAGAGUCGUGCCAUUUGCAGUCGCUGGCAAAUUAGCGUUGCUUCCGGACAAAAUGUAUUAUUAACCAUCACAUAGGACUAUUAUCAGUAGGUAGGUGGUAAAUAGGGAAGAAGAAAGCAGCACUAAUGACAAGAAACAUAAGUAUAAGCGUUUAAUUGUAAGGAAAUAUUUUUGCAAACGGUGAUGAGGUGGGAUAAUACCUAAAAUCGGAGGAUUUUGAAGUAUUGUAUUAUCGAUAUGAAUAUUUCGUUGCAUAAAUAUUUUGGAAGCUUUGAGAUGCGAAAUCAUGUUACUUUGAUACCCGUUUUAACGUGUUUCGCCAAAAGCUAUAAACCUAGAAGAUAUACGGCUUUUGUUCAUUCGAAAUGAUCAAGAAACCGUAAUCGUCUUAGAGAUAUAUUUAUUCCGUGCAAGGGGAGCCAAUGUUUUUUGGAUUAUCACUCUGUAUAUAACAACGUUGAAAUUUACUACUGUAUCGUAUUUUCGAUUUUAGAUUUGUAAAAUAUUCGCGUAAAUAGAGAUUAUGUAUAUUCCGAAAGGAUGCGUGAGAUAAAACAUGUUAAUAAUUUGUAUUCUUAAUGUGCCGGUAAAAACUUUUAAGGUCUUCCUCUUGUUACAAUUAUUCAUGUCAGAUUUAUGAAAAAUGAAAAUUCGAAAAUUCGAUGGAAUUAUGAAUUAGUGUAUACAUAAUAGGCUUGUAAUGUACUUGGAAAUAUCGACAUUGUUCAAAAAAAUUGUGAUAUACUAUAGAAUGGUCUUGAAGCAAUUGCAAAUUUCAUUAAGAUUGUUCGAUAGUACAUCUCUGUCAGUUUUAUCUUUUCUAUCGGAUUUUGAAAUUAUUUUAAUACGUGUAUUGGCCAAGCCUGUUUAUAUAAAUGAUAAUAUUGACAAAAAUUGUAAAUCUACAUGAAUUUGUCGAAUUAGCAGGAAACAUGAUGUAUGAGUGACAAAUAAAUAAAGUAGCUUUAAAGAUAAGUGCUGCCGCUAGCUUUAACGCCAUACGGUUAUAUUUACUACUCGCUUAAUUAUUGUGACUUCUUUCGACAACGUAUCGUCGAAAGAAAUAAAAGAAUCUUGUGAGUUGCAUACAACAAUAUAUACAUAUUUUUGUAACUAUAAUUUGAUGGUUAAAAACAAGUAUUAUGCGCGUUACGAUACUGUUGGUUUUGAUAUACAGUAAUAAAAUUGCUGUUGUUUCGAUCCAUAAUAUUAUAGCUCUUUGAUAUACUUUUUAAAGUGAAGAUUACUUCAAUUUAAACUUUAACGAUUCAUUUAAUACAACUGGACAGACCUCACACAUUUUUUCAAAUAUUGUACAGUCUAAGGUAAAAAGAAAAGAAAAAUUCUUUAGUUAUUAAAAAAAGUUAGCAUCGUGAAAUAUUUAUAAAUUAUUAUUACACUUAUAUAUUAUAUUAGUUUGAUUUAUAUUUUCUUGUUAAUUCUGUUCCUGUUAAUUCUGAAAAUAUUUUUAAUAUAUUUUGGGGUACACAUUCUGUAUAAACUUAACAUUUGUUUCUCGAUGAGCUAUUUUAUAUUAUGUGGUUGUCAAUUUUUUACUGUAUGUACAAUACCGACGGAAUUAAUAGUAAAUAGAGUUGUAAGAGUGGUAAAUACGAAGGCAAGAAUUUUGAAAGGCGGCCUUAACCAAACUCGCAAUGAUUCGUGAUAUGAGAAUAGAUCAACUAAAAAUCAUCAAUUGAAUGAGUAUAUUGUUCCUUGAUAUUAUUGUAGAACAAUUUGUAUAUAUACGAGAACAAAUAUAUUUAUCUGACUUA